AUGUCCGAGCAUCAAGCCGGACCUCCUCCAGCAGCGAGCCUAGAGUUGGGGGCUACUCACUUUGUUGCGCUCUCCACUACUCUCAGAUUUGCCAAAUGCCGGAAGAGAACUGGAUUGCUCAUGGGGGCGUUCCCGCGUGCGACUUAUGCCAUUCCCGGAAGGGACGAAAAAAUAAAAGCUCUCGUGGAGCGACUAUCGAGUCUAGAACACUCAGUCCAGAGUGUUCACCGAAGCCCAAGCUUGGCGCAGGAGCAAGAAACUACGAAUAGUUUUGCUAUACCGACCAUUGAAGCAUCGUCAGAUCGACCAGCAAAGAGACAGAGGACGACAAGUUCACUAGAUGCGCCAGCCCCAGUGGCAGGCCCGGAUGUUGAUAACAGUCCCCAGACAGCGCAUGAAGCUCGCGUACACAUCAGCAAAGAGCUCUCUACCAAUGGAUUGCUGUCCGGCAAUCAGCGCUCUGUCCUCGAGACCGCCAUGUCGUUCGUUGACCAGCUUUCGCAUACCCCAACACCGACCAUGACCGAUCGAAGUACCUUCGAUGAGUCGAUGCAUGUCUCUACUGAUAUAUCUAAGCGCGAGAUAUUCAAUAUCAUACUUGGCACUGAAUCUAAAGAACGGGGCAAUGCUGCCAUUCGCUACCACACUGUCGAUCAUGUACCACCAAAGGCACUCGAGAAGAUUGCACUCGCCUUGAUGGAAGGCAAUGCCGACGAGAAGACCCUUAAUUUGUACAAGGUCAUUGUUCACUUUCAAGGCGCCGUUGUGCUAUAUGCGUCUCAGUUGCAAGGCCCCAAAAGCGCAGCUGUCCAACGGCACAUCCAGCAAAUGGAGUUCAAUCAUCUAACAGCAGCGCUUACUGCUCUGGACCGCAUUAGUUUCCUAACUGCGCCUUCCCUACUACUUGCUCAGGCCUUGAUCACCGGGGCUAUCAUGAUGCAAAUCAUGGGUAAUCCAGUGAGCUGUUGGGAACUUACCGCACAUGCAUCGCGCACUAUUGUAGCUUUGGGAUAUCACCAUAUUGAUAAGCCAAUGCCAGAGAAUGAUUCCGAAUGCGAGAUCUAUGCACUUGUCGGCCAGUGCGCCUUUCUUGACAGUAUCAUGAGCCUUUUGCUGCUGCGGCCAAGGUCUCUCCCUCAACUUCCGGUCAAAGCCUCAUACUUACUACGAGCUGAUCCAGCCAGCCCCAUGAGCAUUCUCGAGAUGCUUCCUGUACUUGACAAGAUCCUGGAUCUAACAUUGGAUACGAAGCCAUCGCCGACUAUACUCAACAACGAGGUGGCGCAACUACGGACGAAGAUGAAGGACAUCUACGAGCUUAUGGAGAAGGAACGGCAACUGCAUCUUUUGGAUAGCAGAACGGAUGCUCUCAUACACUGGAAAAGCAUGGAGUUCAGAUACUUUUCUACCCUUACGUCAGUCCACCGCCUGAGUCCUACCGUUACGACAAAUCCCUCGGAACGAGAAGAGUGUCUCCAAAGCGCUCGGAAAGCACUUGAGUGUGCAAAAGACAUAGAGGAGCUCGGAAGAUCUUUGGAUCACUUCAUCGAAGGCUAUGAUCCUUAUCUCGCUUGGAGCAUGCUUUCUUACCCGCUCUGUCCCUUCUUUGUCGUUUUUUGCAACGUCGUCGGCACGUCCAGCGCCCAAGAUUUCCAGCUCCUCCAGGAUGUUACCGAUGGCCUUUCCGCACUCGUUACGGAAAAUAAAUAUGUUCACCGACUACAUCGGCUGUGUGCCACACUGCUGGGUCUUUGUAGGCCCCUCGUACAGAAUCCAGGUCUGCAUGGACAGACACACCAAACGACUGGCGGAUUGACUAGACCGUUGGCGACCUAUCCUAUAUCGACAGCUUUCGAAAACGGUCCCGAAAUCUUGAACAGUGGCGGGAACGACAACACUGCUGGUAUCAUGCCAUCUUCAUGGAACGACGACAUGAUGUGGCAGCUGUUCCAGUCGCAACCUUCUCUGGACUGGUUCAACGCUGAUAUAUUGGAUCCUUCUUGGGGUCUUGGACAAACACAGUAA